UACCUUUUUUUCUUUUUUUUUUUUUUUUUCCUUUUUUUUUAAUACUUGUGUGGGGGGGGGGUUUGCUUUGGUCAAUGUCUGGAGGAGGCUUUCAAUUGAAGGACUUUUGGGUACAUGGCAGUGGUUGCUUUCUUGAUUUAGCGUGUUGGAACGGGCGUGUUGGAUUAGUGUGAGCGUAGUUUUAUGUGAUUGUGAGGAGGAUUUUAAUGCUAGGGUUGAUGGUUCAACGUUGGCUUGCUCUGACUUGGAGCAUCAGUUGGUGUGGGGGAAGAGUUAGGGUUUUAUUGGAGUGAAUUUGUCACUCAUGCAAGUUCUUGUGAAACAAUUCUGAUGUGGAGUUGUGGAUCACUCUUUCAUUCUUUGACUCGUCUUUUUGGACAACGUUGAUUGUGGCUGCUCCAAAUACAGGGUCAUGCAGAGUGCGAGGUAUUAUCGUUACUAGGAGCAUCAGUCGGAAGAAGUUUCUAGGUUAAGUCUCAAUUUACAACCUGUUCAGAGUCUUGUGAAGUCUAAAUUUAGCCAACGUCUCGGUGCCUAUAAUCUACAAAUCGAGCUUCAGAUUGGUGAGCGAACUAUCAAGCAUUUAAAAUUGAAAAUCUCUUACGUUCACGCUUGCUUCUGGUUCGCUCGCUAGAAGUAGCUUUUCUUGAGUGACUCGUUGUGAACCAGGUUGUCUCCUUGAACGCAUUUUACAUUUUGCUAUUCCUUGGCAUUUCAGGAUAGGAAUCAACCCAUUUCCCUUCUCUCUUAGUGUUCACAGCGCCUCUUCGAAGGAAGUGAGCAUUUUGUAGCUUUCUAUGGGGGCGAUGGAGGUGACUGGAGAAGAAAAAGAUGUGCAGAAAGGAGGCAGCAUGCCUCGAGCACCGUCCGUAGAUGACCUUUUUGUGCCAAUGGGAAGAUUGGAUAUGCACUCUUCGGGGAUGGGGGCUGACAAUGAAGAAGUGAAGGAAGGAGGGAAUACGUCAGCCUCUAAUGUGUGUGGAUCUUCAAGCUUAGUUCACAGUGCAACAGCCGAGAAAACUCCAUCUGCAUCUGACGGAGCACGCUUGGGCCUGAACUUGAAUCGAAGUGAGUUGUCGGGUUUAUCGAGAGAUUCUUGUGGAGAAAUUUCUGAACAGGUGCAUGAUAAGGGGGGCGAAACGCAUUCCAGUCCGAGAAACAAGAAACCUGAAGGUCAGAGCAAUCAUACAUCUGAUGACGAUCAGCCUGUUAUCGACGAGAGGAGGCAGAAACGGAUGAUUUCGAACAGGGAAUCGGCUCGACGAUCACGGCUCCGCAAACAACAGCAUCUUGAUGAAUUGCGGUCACAGAUCUCUCACCUCCGAGCCGAGAACGUCCACUUGCUAAAUCGCUACAGUCUUGCAUCACAGCAAUACGCUCAAUUGAAUGAAGAAAACUCUGUGCUGAGGUCAAAUGCUGUCGACUUGAGGCAUCAGCUGCAAACGCUGCAUCCUGGCACAUCUGGGCAUCAGAUGAUGACCUUGGAACCACGUGAUCUCAGUUCAGUGCAACCCCUUCCCUUGAACUUAAGCUUGUGCUCAGGUCCUAUUGAAGAUCCCAAUUGGGGGAAGUAUUGAUCUGUUAGCCCCUUGUUUGAAUUGUGUGCAACAUGUUUUUUUGGUUAUUUGGGCUUAUAUGGAGUGCGAACGGCGGAAUCGAUUUUUAUUCAGAAGACGGUUAUAUCGGCUUACAUUUGGGAUGGCUUUUUUAAUGAUGCGCAUGUAAUAUCACGACCAGCUCCAUGAGCUACGUAAAGGGCGUUUAAUCAUCAUGAGCAAUGGUUUUUUCAUCAUA